AUGAAUGAGAUGAUAAGCAAACUGGAUAGAAUUGAACGACAACCGGGAUCGCCAACUAAAACAGCACAUCCAGCAAUGAACACUGCAGUAUGCAUUAAACGAGGAAAUGGCGGGGUCCGGGACGGUCAGUACCAAUUCGUUCAGGAAGACGUUGAGGACGAUCGCGAAAUAACGGACCAGUCGGCAGCUGCGAUGCGUAAUCGUAAAUGGGAUUCUAAAAUUAGCGAAGCUUGGCUUCGGGAUCACUGCCUACGACGAGCAGAGAGGGAUUUAUUAGAUGCUGACGAGGAGGCUUUCUGGAAUGACGUUAUUAGCAAAUACUUGACGCCAAUCAUACAUGAUCUUCUAGAACAGAAUCGUAUCAGAAAUGGGCUUGUUUUGCUCAGAAAUAAGGUGUGCUCAGGAUUCUUCAUGGUCAAUAUUGUCUUUAUCAUUAUUGUACUGCUUCUUCAAAUGCAGAAAGAUUGCAUACACAUUGAAUGGCCUCUCGGACCACGCUACAAUCACACCAUUAUUCCUUGCAACACCGAUUCACGAGAGCCGAUCUGGGUGGUCACUCGCUUACAGCUCGAACCUAUUGGACUUGUUUUCUUAUUGUUUUUCAUGUCCAUUCUUGUUAUUCAGGUUCACGAUCUCAUUCUUACUAAAAUUUUCAUUUUGCGUUAA